GCUAAACGCGGGAAGUGCGCCUGCGCGGUGCAGAGCGGCGGGUCAGGCGCGGCGCCUGCGCGGUGCAGAGCGGCUGGGCUGAAUCGGCUGUCGCGAUCCCGCGUUUCCGUCUGGCUCGAGGACCAACCGGCGGAUGCUGGAACGGAUGUUGCCUGCGGGCUGCGACCUGGGCCUGGGUCAGUGAGGAGCCCUCGGUUCCGCCAGGCCGGUGUCCCCUUCCGCACCCGCUGCGCUAGUGAGGAGUCGGCUGGUGUGCGAGUCGAGGCCAAGGCUCGGUGCGAGUCCUCGCGGGCUGAGGUUUUCUGUCAGAUAUUCCACUGUAAUAAUGCUGGAGUUAAGAAGUCUCCAUUCCUUCGCUGUACAUCAGAGUAGUUUCUCUGCAUACAGAAAUGGAGUAAUGUGUAAAGACAGCUGGCAAAUUAAAGAUUUUAAUGACUAAGCUCUGUGCUGAAAUAAGAUUAAUUGGACUGCAAGUGCCAUCUUAGGGUAACCCAAAUCUGUUACUGGAACCAUGAAAGUUUUGCUGGUGUUUGACUUCGACAAUACAAUCAUAGAUGACAAUAGUGACACCCGGAUUGUACAGUGUGCUCCAGACAAAAAGCUUCCCAUGGAACUGCAAGAUUCUUACCAGAAGGGGUUCUGGACAGAAUUUAUGGGCAGAGUCUUUAAGUAUCUGGGAGAUGAAGGGGUGAAAGAGGAUGAAAUGAAAAGAACAGUGGUAUCCAUGCCGUUCACUUCGGGGAUGGUGGAGCUUUUCAGCUUUCUAAGGAUGAAUAAGGAUAAAUUUGAUUGCAUCAUUAUUUCAGAUUCAAACUCAGUCUUCAUAGAUUGGGUUUUAGAAGCUGCUGAUUUUCACGAUGUCUUUGAUAACGUGUUUACUAAUCCAGCAGCUUUUGAUAACAGUGGUCGCCUCACAGUGAAAAAUUGCCAUGCUCAUUCUUGCAAUAGGUGUCCAAAGAACCUUUGCAAAAAUGCAGUUUUGGUAGACUUUAUAGAUAAACAGUUAGAGAAGGGAGUGAGAUAUGCACGGAUUGUUUAUAUAGGAGAUGGUGGAAAUGAUGUCUGUCCAGUUACCUUUUUAAGGAAAAAUGAUGUUGCCAUGCCACGGAAAGGUUACACUCUACAUAGGACUCUUGCCAGAAUGUCUCAAAAUCUUGAGCCUAUGGAAUCUGCUGUUGUAGUUUGGUCUUCAGGUGUUGAAAUAAUUUCUCAUUUACAAUUUCUAAUAAAGGAGUAAUGUGCCAACCAUUGAAA